AUGGCCCAGAAGACCGCAAUUCAGUAUCAGCUCCUCCAGAAAGGAGGCUCCUUUGUCCAAGCCCUAGCGCCACAUCCCACCCCAGGCCCGGAAGAAGUCUGUGUCCGAACUAAAGCCGUGGCCCUGAACCCACUGGACGUCAAGAACCGCGACCACGGCACUCUGAUCCCCACCUGGCCCACAGUCCUCGGAAUCGACGCCGCCGGCAUCGUGGACGCAGUCGGUGCAUCAGUUCAGGGCCUCCGGCCCGGCGACGAGGUCCUCGUCCCCUGCACGCCCGGGGGUCUGAGCGGCGGAGCAUUCCAGGAGGUCGUGACCGUGGGCGCCGCGUUAGUGGCCAAGAAGCCUGCUGGCCUCACCUUUGAAGAAGCGGCCUCGCUUCCUCUAUGCUACUUGACCGCUGCCGCGGCUGUCAGUGUUGGCCUGCGCGUCCCGCUCCCUCACCUGGACCCCGAGGGCACACCAAGCUCUCUGCGCUCGAUCCUGGUCCUCGGGGCCAGUUCGGCGACGGGCGCGGCGGCCGUCCAGCUGCUUCGGACGGCGCUGCCGUCGGCAACCAUCUUGACGACCAGCGCGGCUUCGCAUCAUGCGCGACUGGAGGCGCUGGGGGCCACGAGGUGCUUUGAGCGCGCGGCGGCGAGUGAGCCCGCGGUCAUUCGGGCGGCGACUGUGGGCGGCGGCGGGGUCGAUGCCAUCCUCGAUAUUGUGGAGGCGGCGGCGAGUGAGCCGGAGGUCUUGACUUCGUUGAACCCCGACGGUCCCAAGGUUUAUGCGCAUGUUGUCACGGGGACUGCGGUCGAUGUUCCGGAGGGGGUCCAGUCAGUUCCUGUGAAUGCGAGACAGAUCUUCGAAGUCAAAGGCGGCGCGGUGGCCAUGCCACGGCUGGGGGAGUUGUUGGCUGGGGGGAAGUAUAAGAUUCCCGUGCGCGUUGAGAUUAUAGGAAAGGGGUGGGAGGCUGUUGCGCGAGGUUUGGAUAGACUUGGAAGAGGGGUGAGUGGAACCAAGUUGGUCGUGAGUUUGUAG